UUCCAGAUUAUUUUACUGAAGAUUUCUUUAAUGUUUUUUGUAAGGAUCGUCCCGAUUACAGAUGGAUGAUAAUCGGCCCAGCUCGUUCGGGCUCCACGUUCCAUAAAGAUCCAAAUUCGACAUCUGCUUGGAACGCCGUAAUUACCGGUUCUAAAAAGUGGAUAAUGUAUCCACCCAACAUUCUUCCACCAGGUGUUUUCACGAGUCCUGAUGAAUCCGAAGUAACAGCACCAGUGUCCUUGAUGGAAUGGUAUGCAAAUUAUUAUGAAAAGACCCAAAAAUCAAAUCAAAAGCCAUUGGAAGGAAUUUGUCAUGCUGGUGAAAUUAUUUUUGUACCAAAUGGAUGGUGGCAUAUGGUUGUGAAUCUGGAAGAUUCUAUUGCUAUUACACAAAAUUUCGUAGGUUCUCAUAAUUUACCAAACGUAUUGCAAUUUCUUCGCGACAGGCCGGAUCAAAUCUCGGGAUUUUCAUCAAAAAUAUGGCCAUGCCAUGAAGAAAUUUACAAUGCGUUCUGCGAAAAAUUUCGAAAAGCUUAUCCCGGUGUACUGGAGAAACUUGAAACAGCUGAUGAUUCCUUAAAUGAGUUUGCAAAAUCCAGUGAACUUGCGUCAUCGGUAUGGAACAAAAUCAAGAACUGUGAUGGUCAGAAUGGAUUUACUUUUGGAUUUUCG